AUUCAUCGACCGGGCGAACCGAGCGAGGGGGCUGGGGACCGAGAGCCAGCGUCACAGCGCUCCGCAGUCCAGGCACAGCGACUCCCAUGUUUAAACACGGCACAUCUGACUCGGUGUGCUUACGGUGAAACGGAUUGGGGGAAAGAAAAAACCUCCAAGGGGAAUCGGCCACGAGGACUUGGGAGGUGUUAAGAGCCAGUAUGGGUUUGACGAGGAGGAACCCACACUAACGAAGAGCACGCCAGAGAGAGGCCUCUUUUUGCAACUUUUCCAUUUUGUCUAUUCUUUUUUUUUUUUUUUUUUAAACAAACUUUUUUUUUUAAAAGAAAUUUAAAACCUACAUUGCCGAAGUCGCGAUCUUUCAUUCUCGACCUACAACAUGUCCGGUGAGGAGCCCAGCCUGUCCGAGGCGGAGCUGAGCCCCGGAGGUUCAGACGACGCUCCCUCGCUCUCACCGGCGCGCGCCUCCGCGACAGGUGGCCGGGACUCGCCCCUCGGCGGCCAGGCGCAGCAGAUGACGACGCUGUGUGGCGCAGAGGGCGACGGGGACGACGGAGGCAGAAUGGCGAAAUCCGAGGAGGAUGACGACCGUUUCCCCAUCGGGAUCCGCGAGGCCGUCAGCCAGGUGCUGGACGGCUAUGACUGGACGCUGGUGCCCAUGCCGGUGCGGGUGAACAACGGGAACAAGGCGAAGCCGCACGUCAAGAGGCCCAUGAACGCCUUCAUGGUGUGGGCGCAGGCCGCACGCAGGAAGCUGGCCGACCAGUACCCCCAUCUGCACAACGCCGAGCUCAGCAAGACCCUGGGCAAACUCUGGAGGUUACUGAACGAGAGCGACAAGAGGCCGUUCAUCGAGGAGGCGGAGAGGUUGAGGAAACAGCACAAGAAGGACUACCCAGAGUAUAAGUACCAGCCCCGGAGACGCAAGAACGGCAAACUGGGUCCAACCGGUGACGCCAGUGACAACCAGGGGGAGGGAGAGGCCAGCCACUCCCAGUCCCACUACAAGACCCUUCACCUGGAGCCCAACAGUGGGACCGGGUCCCCCCUGAGUGACCACCACCACCAUCACCACCACCACCAUCAUCAUCCUGCUGGUCAGGGUCACAGCCCACCCACUCCCCCCACCACCCCAAAGACAGAGCUCCAAUCUGGGAAACUGGCAGAGGCCAAGAGGGAGGGGGGAGGGGGUGGGUCAGCCGGGUCCAGGGGAGCGCUUGGGGUAGGAGCUGAAGGGACGUCCAGUGGCCCCUCGUCAUCAAAUGGCAAACCCCACAUCGACUUUGGCACCAUGGACAUCGGGGACAUUAGCCACGAGGUGAUGUCCAAUAUCGAGCCAUUCGAUGUAAAUGAGUUCGACCAGUACCUUCCGCCAAACGGUCACCCCCAGAGUGUCACCGGUGCCUCUGUGGCCGGAUCCUCUGCCACCUCAUAUGCCUACGCCCUGGCUGCUGCCAGUGGGCACUCCGCCUGGCUCUCCAAACAACAGCAGCAGCCCCAGGCCUCCCCCUCUGCCUCGGACCCCUCAAAGGCCCAGAUCAAGAGUGAGUCGGCAUCUGGGAGCCACUACGCUGAGACCUCCGCCUCUCCUUCCUCAGGCACCCACGUCACCUACACCCCGCUCAGCCUCCCACACUACGGCUCUGCCUUCCCCUCACUGGCCUCCAGAGCACAGUUUGAGUACGGGGAGCACCAGGCCCCUGGGGCAUACUACGCCCACUCCGGCCAGGCCCCUGGGCUGUACUCAGCCUUCUCCUACAUGGGCCCCACGCAGAGGCCCCUGUACACCACAAUAGGGGACCCUUCCAGUGUGGCCCCCUCCCACAGCCCCACACACUGGGAGCAGCCUGUCUACACCACGCUCACAAGGCCAUGAGGCGGUGGAGCCGAGCACAGAGAAAUAUUGGAAGUGUGUGAUCGUGUGCUUUUUUUGCAUCUGUGUACAUGUGUGUGUGUGUGUGUGUGCGCGCGCGAAUGUGCAUGUGUGUGUGUGUGUGUGUGUAUUUGUGUUCAUGUGAGUGUCGGUGCCAAAAUGACAUUAUUAUCAGAAGUUUUUACUCGUUUAGCCAAUGUAAUGUGAGUUGCAUCCACGCGUGGGGCCGUACAUGGUCGCACAGAAAACAACCACAUACGAGCACACGCAUCGUCGAGCGUGGAUCUACGGUGGGAAUAAAUAAACCUUAACAAGCACGUGCCAUGAUAAGUAUGUAGGACGGGAUUUACAGCAUGUGUGCGUACGCGAGAGUGUGGUAAGCAAGAUUUCACAUGUCGACGCCGAGUAGAUGUUGGGUUAUCGAACGACUCUUAAGAUAUCACCGGGGAAGCCAGAGUUGGGUUUUCGACUGUUAGAAUCAGAUUAUAUUAACCAAACUAAAGAUAUUUUUGACGUCAUAGUGUUAUUUUAUAUAAGUAGUAAAGGUUUAAUGUUGUCCUUGACAUGCUAUAGGGUGUAACUUUAUUGUGACUGAUUUUUUUUUUGUAUUCCACUCCAGCAUCUGCGCCACUGCUUAUGGGAAAUGAGUUAUUUGUUUCAAAAUAAUGUUCAUUGGGUUUAUUUCAAUGGCUAGAUAAAGGGCUGUUGUCUCCUAUUAUAUAUAUCUGUUGUUAGUGCAGUCUGCGUUUCUGUCCAUCUUUUCUCUGGCAUAAUUGAACCAAGCAAAAAGGAAAAGGAACAAAGGAGGGAAAAGAGAACUUCUUAAGAGAAAUUUCAGCUUACAUACAUUUUUGCUCAGUUUUUUUUUUUAAUCACGUUACCUCAACCCUGUUUGUAUCGUGCCAAUAGUAAUAGAGAAAAUACUAUCCCUGGUACCUGGUCAAUUAUCAUUUGAAGGUAUUUAAAGUAUCAUAGCACUAAACCUUCAGUUUAGUCACUGGAUAGUUUUUUUGCAUGCUUGUUAAUUGUAUACCUCUUUUGUUGUAUUGCAUUUGAUAUGUCCAAUAUGGAGUUAAAAUCUACUUUUGCAAACAAAGCCCCGUCCAAAUCUUUUGAGGUAACUGGCCAGCUUUGGGUCCUACUUAAGGAUUAGUAUCACAUGUGCUACAGUUCUGCACCACAUGUAAGUCAAAAGUAGUUUUUCCUUCUGUACAACUUGACAUAGUUUUUUCCCCCCAAAUAUCCCCCCUUCCUCUUCAGCAAUGUGAAUAAUGGUCAUUACCACAGGCUUUCCCCUCACUGUAUGAUGCAUACUGUAUCAUUUUAUACUGACCCUCUUACCACCUAGUUAUUUUUAUGUAAGUAAUAAUACAUUUGUGUGUCAUACCUUUUUGCUUUUUUCAGUUUUGUAUAAUUCUGGAUAGUUUUGUAAAGUGUUUGCUAUACAUUUGCUGAGUAUUUUUGCUUCCGUACAAGAACAAAACAUUGUUGAAAUAAUUUUGAUGUUGUCAUCGAUUAAAUCAUUCUAUUUAUAAAAAAACAGUGU